AUGAAAUUAUUUCCAGAAAUUCUUGAUCAUAUAUUCAAUUACUUAAUAGAUGAUAAAAAAUCACUUCAUUCAUGCACUUUAGUGAGCAUGGAUUGGUGUAAAUCCGCGGUACCAAUACUGUGGAAACAACCUUUUAUGCAAAUUGAUGUUACGAAACCAUCGGAUAAAAUUAUUGGUAUUUAUUCAAGGUUUCUUAGUGAUGAUGCUAGAGCCAUGCUUUUGAUUCAAGGAUUAAAGUUACCUGAUUACCUAUUACCAACUUAUUAUGACGCUGAUAUUGAAAUGAAUGGCGUUUGUAGUAGUUCUAGUAGUAGUUUUUAUUCCAACAAUUCAAUUAAAAAUAGAUUUAACAAUAGUUUAUUUUAUUAUCCAUGUUUUUUACGAAAGUUUAAAUAUGAAACUUUUAUAUCAUGCUUAGAGCAAUGGUACUUGGAAGUUCUUGAACCACUUCAAAUUAUUGAUGAAACCAUUGUUAACUUUAAAAUUACACCAUCAAAUACUUGGCAUAAUCUAGCACGACAUAAUUAUAAUGCAUCAUCUUUUAACAUCACCAUACCAUCAGCGAGUAAUGAAACUGGUUCAUCAAAAAUAUCGCAAUACAGAACUGAAGAAAAACAAAAAAUAAAAGCAGCAUGGUGUCCAACUUUAA